CUUGGAUGGGCCCAUACACUUCAAUGCGCACCAGCUUCUCGGAGUUGCCAUGGCGGAGAGCAACUUGGCAUUUUUGGAGAACGAAGAGAAGCUCAGGUCACCCGUGGGAGAGGCGCAUGCGGCGCAUCCGUUGGUUUUGGUUUUAGGAGGCUCCACAUUUAUGGGCAGGGAGACGGUGGAGGCAUUCUUGCAGAUGCCUGCUCGCGUUUGUGUUGUGAAUCGGGGACGGUCCUACUGGGGCACUCGCGACCCAAGCGGCGGACGGGUAGCAAGAGUAACUGCAGACCGUAGGGACAAGAGCGAGUUCUCGCAGAGGAUUGAUACUGUAACGGCCCGGCAAAUCGAGUCAUGGUCACUGGUGGCGGACUUCUCUGCAUACGAUGGGGAUGACAUCACUGCAGCUCUUCAAGGCUUACGUGGACGCUUCCAUACAUAUGCAUACAUCUCAUCUGACUCAGUCUAUGAGGUCAGUGCACUGGCAGGAGCAGGCUGGGCAUCUUCCUCCGCAUCCACACACGUCUCCGAGAGUUGCUCCCAAAGGCCGGCAGAUGCAGCGACAAAAAGCAGGCUUCGCAAGGCAGAUAGCUAUGGCCAUGGUAAAUUGGAAGCUGAAGAGGUUCUUGCUGCGGGCGUGCAGAACGAUCAGAAAGCUGGUGCUCACGCUAGGGCAAUUGCAUUACGUCUUCCAGAUGUUCUGGGCCCCUACGAUGAUACAUUUCGUUUAUGGGCCUACUGGCACUGGUGGAGAGCGGGGGACGAGAACCGGCCUCAGGUUCAAAAGUCCCUCAAGCGACCAAGCCCUGACUCGACAGAGGUUGACUCAGGUCCACCACUGGCCUUUGUUUUCAGCCGUGAUGUUGCCCGCUUUUUAGUACAUUUGACCAGGCUUCCUGUAAGGAAUGAGGCCGCCUUUGAUGCAGUGAACUUGGGCUGUGAUCUUCAGCUUCCGCUGAAAGGUUUUCUCGAACUUUUGGCCAAGGUCUCAGGGAUGCCUGGUGCAAGUCCAAUUGCCGUCGAUCGCCCAAAAAGCUUUCUACCAAGCGUAGAUCGUCCACUGCACUUGGACUUUCGCAAGCUCAAGGAGCAGUACACCUUCAUGUGCACUCCUUUGGAGGAGGUGCUGAAAGUCUGUGCUGACUGGUUUGCAGAGGCAUGCGGGAGCUUUCCACAGGAGGCAGCCGAAGCUGCCAUGAAAUUACCUCAAAGUGCUCGAGCGCCUGCUUUGGCUCACUCUGGCCUGGAGAUGCCCACACCAAGAAGCUCAAGUUCAUCAUCCAGCUCUGUUUGAUUCAUGUGGUGAUGCUAGAGUUGUUUGAUAUAAUAUCGCCGGACACGGCAAGCGAGCCCUGAGAUGAAUUGCAAGAAUGGAACUCUUUGGAUUUUGAGCUUCAGCAUGCAUGUACGUCAUGUUCCUUUUUCAUUUGAGCAUUUGUGUUGUGGC